AUGUCGCAGUCGCAAGAGAGUCUCAGCCCUUCCGUUUCGUCUUCUUACUUCUCUACUUUUGCCGAGGCGAAAACAUCCCUAGAAGCGACCCUCGCAAGUUACUAG